GAGGAACCCGUCGAUUCCCACGCCUUUUAUACCACACGGGGCCGGACGGCCAACCGAUUCGAUCCAGAACGUAGAGCGCCUAGAGAAACAGAAAGCUUCCUGGGAGAUGGAGGGGAGGACAUUGGGACCUGCAUUCCUCGUGCUCCUCGUCUCCGCCGCCGCCGCCCCCGCUGGAGACAGCGGCCGUGAAUCGCCGGCGGCUAAUGGGGUUCUUUUCCUCGCCGUAUCGAUUUCUCGGGGAGUGCAGUCGAUGGUCGUGUCGGCGGAUAGGAUGCUUCCGAGCCGGUAUCGUGCGGUGUGGGUUGCUUUUCGUAAGGCGGUUAUAGCACCGGCGAUGAGGGCUGCUGUGGCGUUGAGUCUAGUGCUCUCGGUGAUGCUGCUUGCGGAAGUGGUUUUCAUGUCAUUCGUGAGCCUCGCAGUCAAGCUGUUUCGCUUGAAGCCAGAGAAACGGUACAAAUGGGAGGCGAUAAGCGGCGAUUUGGAGACCGGUAGCUCUGACUACCCCAUGGUUCUUGUUCAAAUACCUAUGUAUAAUGAGAAAGAGGUGUAUAAGCUCUCAAUUGGGGCGACGUGCGGGCUCUCGUGGCCAUCGGAUCGGCUUAUCGUUCAGGUGCUAGAUGAUUCAACCGAUCCGGAGAUCAAGGAUUUGGUGGAGCUUGAAUGCAAGAUUUGGGCAAGCAAAGGCAUGAAUAUAAUGUACGAGGUCAGAGACAAUAGGAAGGGAUACAAAGCAGGUGCCCUUAAAGAAGGAAUCGAGCAUACUUAUGUCCACCAAUGUGACUACUUGGUCAUUUUCGAUGCUGAUUUUCAACCUGAAUCUGACUUUCUUGUGAGGGCCAUCCCUUUUCUUGUUCAUAAUCCAAAGCUGGCUCUUGUUCAAGCACGUUGGGAAUUUGUGAACCCAAAUGAGUGCCUGAUGACAAGAAUACAGAGGAUGACAUUAGAUUAUCAUUUUAAAGUGGAGCAGGAAGCUGGUUCAUCCACCUAUUCAUUCUUUGGAUUUAAUGGCACUGGAGGGGUCUGGCGAAUAUCAGCCAUCAAAGAGGCUGGAGGCUGGAAUGAUCGAACUACAGUAGAGGACAUGGAUUUGGCCGUUAGGGCAAGUCUCAAAGGUUGGAAGUUCUUAUAUGUUGGUGAUCUCAAGGUGAAAAGUGAGCUACCUGGCUCUUUUGCUGCAUAUCGUCACCAGCAGCAUCGCUGGACGUGUGGUGCCUCAAAUCUCUUGAGAAAAUCAGCCUUUGAGAUAUGGACGACCAAGGGCGUGUCAUUAUGGAAGAAGCUUUAUCUACUAUACAGCUUUUUCUUCGUGCGGAAGGUAGUGGCUCAUAUCGUCACCUUUGCACUCUAUUGUGUCAUCAUUCCAGCGUCUGUUUUGGUUCCAGAAAUUUCCAUUCCAACAUGGGGAGUAGUUUUCAUUCCAACCACAAUUACUAUUCUCAAUGCUAUCAGAAACAUUAGUUCUAUACAUGUAAUACCAUUUUGGAUUCUUUUUGAAAAUGUUAUGGCCAUGCACCGUGUGAAAGCGACCAUCGUUGGUCUAUGGGAGGGUGGAAGUGCAAAUGAAUGGGUUGUUACAGAGAAGCUUGGUGGCACAAUAAAGGAAAAACUCUUGCCCGAAACCAAUUUAAUUGAAAAGGCUUCGCCAAAGCUCAGUCACAGGUUCUACUUUCCGGAACUCGGAUUUGCCUUCUUUCUCGUCCUAUGUGCAAGCUAUGAUCUGACUUAUGGAGCGGAUUACUACUUCAUAUACAUAUAUCUACAAUCUAUUGCAUUUCUUAUUGUGGGUUUAGGUUAUGUUGGGACUUUCAUCUCCAGUUCGUAGUUUCCAUGUUGUCAUUUUCCUAUCGCUCUAUCAAUUUUGAACCGUUUCGCUGGUCUGAAUUAUGUGCUUCUGCGUGAGGAUUUAAGUUUUAUGCCACCAAAAAAAGAGAAAAAUAUAUCAAACAGUACUGAAUCUUCACAUUUCAAAAUUUGAUUGGACAGAUGGGCCAUGCUUUUUGGAGGCCCAAAAUCUAUCUGAAGGCAAGUUUAGAUUAUUUGUUGGCAUCUGCGCCUCUAGUUCUUGUGUCUGAAUUGUAUCUUAUGUUUCUAUUGUAUGUUUUCGUAUAUUGUCUACAUUUGCGGGCCAAUGAAGGCUAUUCAGUAUUUCUUU